AUGACACGAUUUAAUUAUUCUGGAGAAUGUGGGAAAGUAUUUAAAUACAAAGCAAAUAAUAAACGUGAUUUGUUAUUAUUUGCAUCGUCUUUUGAUGAUCCACAACGAUGGAGUAAAAUGAAAGAAUCAAGUCAACACAUUAUGGCAUUGACUGAGUCAGCUCUUCCAAGAGCAACAAAACUAUUAUUACUUCUUGGAGAUGCACCAACACCAACAUUUGAAGAAGAAAUAAAUACAUAUGGAAUAGAAGUAGUAAAAGUAAAAUAUGAAUUACCAGUAGCAACAGCUGUUGUUCAAAGAAUUUUUGCAGAGAAGAUUUUUCUAGAAGAGAACAAACAUAAAUAUGACAGAGUUAUUAUUGCAGACUUUAGAGAUGUACUUAUUUUUAAUGAUGCAUUUGCUACAUUUUCUUCAAAUGACUUGAUAUUAUUGAUGGAAUGUUUAUCAUUCAAUUCAACUGAACAUUGUGUAACAUUAAAUGAAAAAACAAAUAAGAAAUGGAUGAAUGAAGCAUAUGGUGAAGAAAUAAGUAAGAAAUUUGCAGAAAAGAAUGAAAUUUUAAUGAAUGGAGGAUUGUUUCUUGGAGGAAUAAAUAAAAUAAUAGAACUUCUAACAAUUCAAAUUAAUAAUUUAAAUAAAAACAAAAUGAUGUUAUGGGGACAAGAUCAAGCUACAUUAAAUUAUAUUCAUCUAACUGGACAAUUGAAUCAUUUAAAUAUUACUAAAGAUUAUUGUACUCAAAGAAUGUGUUUUGCAGAAAGUUUUACUGGAUAUUAUGAUAAAACAAUGAAACGAAUAACAACAAAAUCAACUGGAUGUUCUCCAGUUAUCAGACAUAAAUUAGUCUUUUCAGAACCUCGUUUUAAAUAUCCACCUAAUAUUAAUUAA